ACAGUACACAAUAAAGUGCUGCAGGCGAACAUCACGAAUGCAAGCGUAUAGUAAGUGUAAACGGACAAAUCUGCACGAUAUACAACAACACAAUCAAGAUUGCCUCAAACAUUCGAAAGCGCGAUGUCUUUCUUCAAGAAAGUCGGUGAUGCCUUGACUCAUGGAGUCAAAGAUGUUAAAGACGGUAUUAAGGACUUCGAGUCUAAGCCCAGGUCUUCGCCUAAAAUGGACAAGUCUUCCGGGAGAUCUUCCACUAAAACGUCUAUUAAAUUACCCAGUGCAAAACCCUUUGUAUCGAGAAAAGGUGACGAAGAGACACAGAAGCAGCUGAAACAGUUCGCGGCUAACAGUUUACGAGCUGAUUCCGUCGCCAUGCGAAAAGUGAGUUAUUUGCGAGGUAUCCAAGGCCCCGUAGCACAAACAAGUUUUCUGUUGCUGAAAAUGUGUUUUGAGCGACUACGAGAGAAAACUAUGAACACAGUGAAGUACAAAAAAAUACUUGUUAUCGAUAAAGAGAGAGAUACAGAUACAUGCGCAUGCACAGCGUAUACAAACGUGCACCAAUUCCCCGCUCCUGUACAGUGA